AUGCAGCCGCUGAUUGGCUGGCCGCGGCGCAGCUUGAUGGCGUCGGGCUGGCGAGCCGCGGUCCGGGUUGCCUCACCUGGGUGAAGGCUGCCUGUGUGAGGGGGCGGGCGGCCCGAGCGUGCCGUGGGCUCGGGGAGUGGUCAGAGUAGGCCGAGUCCUCCCUACAUUUCGCCAUGAGUUUCCUUAUAGACUCCAGCAUCAUGAUUACCUCCCAGAUACUAUUUUUUGGAUUUGGGUGGCUUUUCUUCAUGCGCCAACUGUUUAAGGACUACGAGGUGCGUCAGUAUGUUGUACAGGUGAUCUUCUCUGUGACUUUUGGGUUUUCUUGUACCAUGUUUGAGCUCAUCAUCUUUGAAAUCUUAGGAGUAUUGAAUAGCAGCUCCCGUUAUUUUCACUGGAAAAUGAAUCUGUGUGUAAUUCUGCUGAUCCUGGUUUUCAUGGUGCCUUUUUACAUUGGCUAUUUUGUCGUGAGCAACAUCCAACUAUUGCAUAAACAGCGACUGGUUUUUUCCUGUCUCUUAUGGUUGACCUUUAUGUAUUUCUUCUGGAAACUAGGAGAUCCAUUUCCCAUUCUCAGCCCAAAACAUGGGAUCUUAUCCAUAGAACAGCUUAUCAGCCGAGUAGGCGUGAUUGGGGUGACUCUCAUGGCUCUCCUCUCUGGAUUUGGUGCUGUCAACUGUCCAUAUACUUACAUGUCCUACUUCCUCAGGAAUGUGACUGACACAGAUAUUCUAGCCCUGGAACGACGACUGCUCCAAACCAUGGAUAUGAUCAUAAGCAAAAAGAAAAGGAUGGCAAUGGCACGAAGAACUAUGUUCCAGAAGGGGGAGGUGCAUAACAAGCCAUCAGGAUUCUGGGGAAUGAUAAAAAGCGUUACUACUUCAGCACCAGGAAGUGAAAAUCUUACUCUUAUUCAACAGGAAGUGGAUGCUUUGGAAGAACUAAGCAGGCAGCUUUUCCUGGAAACAGCUGAUCUCUAUGCUACCAAGGAAAGAAUAGAAUACUCCAAAACUUUCAAGGGGAAAUAUUUUAAUUUUCUGGGUUACUUUUUCUCCAUUUACUGUGUUUGGAAAAUUUUCAUGGCAACCAUCAAUAUUGUUUUUGAUCGAGUUGGGAAAACUGAUCCUGUCACAAGAGGCAUUGAGAUCACUGUGAAUUAUCUGGGAAUCCAAUUUGAUGUGAAGUUUUGGUCCCAACACAUUUCCUUCAUUCUUGUUGGAAUAAUCAUUGUCACAUCCAUCAGAGGAUUGCUAAUAACUCUUACCAAGUUCUUUUAUGCCAUCUCCAGCAGUAAGUCCUCCAAUGUCAUUGUCCUGCUAUUAGCACAGAUAAUGGGCAUGUACUUUGUCUCCUCUGUGCUGCUGAUACGAAUGAGUAUGCCUCUAGAAUACCGCACCAUCAUCACUGAAGUCCUUGGGGAACUGCAGUUCAACUUCUAUCACCGUUGGUUUGAUGUGAUCUUCCUGGUCAGCGCUCUCUCCAGCAUACUUUUCCUCUAUUUGGCUCACAAACAGGCACCAGAGAAGCAUAUGGCACCUUGAAUUCAUCCCAGUUAUAUGGACUGUUAGAGACCAGUGGUGUCAGAAUUUGGAUGUAAGAAUGGGGGAGAAGGAGGGGACCAAGGCCUAAUAUUUUUGAAACAAAAUGCUGUGGUAGCAUAUUUUACCUCCAGCAUACUCCUUCUUCCUCAGAUGAUACUGUGAUCAUGAGGAGCAUCAGCUAAGAACAUUGAAAGGGAGAACUCAGAAUCCAAGGCAAUACUCAGCAGAAAACAUCCUGUGUGGAUUUACGGCUGGUAUAGCUCGUGGAGAGGGAAGGAGUGAAAAGAGCCAAGAAACUAGGGGAGAAAAUACACUGGAACUCUGGGCAAGAGAUGUCUGUGACAGCUGGGCCAAACACAUAGGCUUUUUUUAAGUCAGGGUUCACACGGAGGUGGUCAUGGCUUUCCCUUGAGAGUGUCAUAAAAAAAAAAAAAAUCAAAGAUUGUAACAUGUUGGUCUUGCGUUCAUUUUAUCAGGCAUAGCUUGCUAUUAUGCUUAUGCUAACAUGAGUCAGCAUCCCUCCCCCUAGCCCCUGCCCUAUUAAAAUAACCAAGAGCUUAUGUUUUCUGGGAAAGGGAUGGUAUGCAACUGAAAUAGAUUCUACCA